UUUGAGCCUAUUUUUGCUGUCCUAUUUUUUGAGCGUGCUGCUGACCAGCGCGAGGUUCUGCGAGGACGUUGUUCUAGUGGUGUAGUCAAUGCAUUUCACAUGCAUCUGCCUCUAGGUUCCCUCAUUUUGUCAGCCGUCAGGGUAGUUAUGUGUGUUGGUGUCUGCAUGUGAUACUGAACCCAGGCUCUGCGACGUCAGUGGCUGUAAACCUAAUUGAAAACAUUCCGUUAGUGUAGCCUACUAGCCUACGUCGCGCACUGUUGUGCGACUGAAAUGAAUGAAACUAAGACAAUGAACGUCUUCGCCACCUGUAUGCUGGUUGCCGUGGUAUCAUGCUGGCUCAGCUCCGAUGUCCUGAUCCUCCUGCGGGACUAUAUUACAGAAACGUUGAAUAGCCCUGCCAUGCCAGAGCCAGGGACGCCGCGACGGAGUCCGCAAGGUAUCCCCUACGACGACCUGCCGCACAUAAUCAACGCGGACGGACAGCAUUUAUUCUGUCGCUACUGGGAGCCGGAAGUCCCUCCAAGGGCGCUAGUGUUCGUGGCACAUGGAGCUGGAGAGCAUUGUGGGGCCUACAAUGACGUGGCCCAGUCACUCACCAAACAUUUGCUGCUGCUGUUCGCUCAUGACCACGUGGGUCACGGUCAGAGCGAGGGAGAGCGGAUGAAUGUUAAAGAUUUUCAGAUUUUCAUCAGAGACUCUCUGCAACACAUCAGCAUCAUGAGAGAGCGCCAUCCCAACCUGCCCGUCUUCAUCAUAGGCCACUCUAUGGGUGGGGCUAUCUCUAUUCUCACCGCAUGUGAGAGGCCACAGGACUUUGCCGGCGUUGUCCUCAUUGCCCCUAUGGUGCAGAUGAACCCAGAGUCCGCCACUCCUUUUAGGGUGUUUUUGGCUAAACUGCUGUGUCACAUGAUGCCCAAUCUCUCUUUAGGCACCAUUCAGUCCAAAUGGGUCUCCAGAGACCCCAAACAGGUGGCGGCCUACGACGCUGAUGAGUUGAAUUACCAUGGUGGGUUGAAAGUCUCCUUUGGAAUGCAGCUCAUGGAGGCAGCUAAUCGCAUUCAGCGCCUUAUUCCUGACAUCACUUGGCCCUUUCUUCUUCUCCAUGGUGAUGUUGACAAACUGUGUGACAUCAGUGGCUCCCAGUUAAUGUACGACCAGGCCAAGAGCUCUGACAAGACACUGAAGAUAUAUGAGGGAGCAUACCAUGCUCUCCACCACGACCUCCCAGACAUCGCUGAGGCCACUCUCAAGGAGCUCACUGCCUGGAUCUUGGAGCGUCUGCCUGCUCCCUCAGUGUAGUCAAUACUGUUCUAUUCAGCUUGCAGUGCUGCUUAGUGGUCCAACACACACACACACACACACACACACACACACACACACACACACACACUUUCUACUGAACUGAAGGUCAGCUGAUCAUUCAGAACAUAUGUGAGCAUGAACUUUCACCAAUUGUAUGUGUGAAGGCCUAUCUUCUCGCCAUGAGGUAAAGGAUUUGAGUGCGUGUGUGUGUGUGUGUCUGUCUGUCUGUCUGUCUGUCUGUGUGUGUGUGUGUGUGUGUGUGUGUGUGUGUGUGUGUGAGUAUGUAUCUCAGAUGUGCUUCAAAGAGCAUGUUGCCGUGGUAAUUGGUGAAGUGACCAUAAUGAGCUAAGUCCUCUGGAACAGCGCUCCAUUGUGUGUUGCCGCGGUAACUGCUGCCUUUUGUCCUUUGAGGUGGUGCUCUCUCUCUAUCUAUCUGCUCUGCGAACGGUACUGCAUGCUCUGUAGUACCGCUGCCCCUAGAGUGCAGAGGCAGUACUGCAUGCAACCCAGCCAGUUGCCACAGCAACUACAGUAUAGAAACAGAAUGGGUUAUAUUACCUGUCACUCAGAGAUAGAGCAGCAGUUGCCUGGCUUGUAGGCUUUAUACAUACAGUAAACACACCCAUACUCUUAUGAAAAAAUAUAUGAAGAUGCAUGCUUAUGUACUAGCAAAAUAGGAUCACUCACACAUGAAACAUGUACACAAACAAUUAAGCAUGCACACAAUCAGCAGCUAUAAUAUGUCAGAUAAAUUCGCUGAGCACUCUGGAGCACAGAGGAUAUGACUGUUUGGUGCUCAGUUAUUACUGACUCUGACACAUGACUGUUUCCCAAGACUGUGAACUAUUCUAUUCACAUCACCAGCUGAGAGGUGCAGACUGUUGGUGAUUGUGGUGGUGGGGAGAUAGUGUGUGUGGGGGGUACUUCUCUAAAGAAUGUGGAUAUACAGGGAAAGUUUAAAUUUAAACAAACCUGCUUUUUAACUGCCUGAAGUGCGAAUGACCAGGAAAACAGUAUCAUAUGACAGCAAUAGAUUUAAACCUUACAGUCAGGGUCAAAAUGGCCAGGGGAGAGGCUUUGAAAUUCAGGAAUCAGAUGACCCUGAGGGGUCUAUCAUCUACACCAGCUCAAAUCCAGCACCAUACAGCCCAGACACACACACACUCACACACAUACACACGCACAUACACAAGACUCAUGUGAAAGGGGGUAAUUUACUCCUCCCAGUCAGUCUAAAGGAUGUGUGAUGGCUUUUAUACUCCUUUGGCAUUUAUUUUCCUCUGACAAGAAAAUAAUUCCUUGUUGAAAUGCCAGUUGUGACAUUUAUAUCCUGACUUUGGCAUCAAUAUCAUGUGGUAUUACAUUUUAUGUAUAGCAUGAUAAAAUAAUCAUUAUUGAAGUAUACGGAUAUUGAGAUUUUUGCACAAAAGAAAUGUAAAUAUAGACUACUCAUGAAGAAAGAGUAAACUAGGGGACAAAAUGCUUUAAUCACUGAGAAACAGUAUAAUGGAAAAGUUCUGUGAUGUUAAUAUGAACUGAAUUGUGCUGUUUCUGUCCCUGCUGCCCGCUGUUCCCUUACUCCCUCAGCUCAUGUUCAUAUUCAUCCUCCCUGUGAAUAUUCAUGGGCUUUGGCUAAUGUCUGAAAAUGUCAUUGCUAAAAUCAUGUUUCCAAAAGCACUUUGGACACAGCUUAUUGAAAUGGCAUGGUCCUGAGGAUAACUAAGGGCUGCAAGGGUGAUGGCCAAACAUUCCUGAGAGACAUAAUAGCAACGACUAUACAGUAGAUGUUGUCCCACUUUUUAUUUAGGGCUUCAUUGGUUUCACCGUACACAUGACUUUACACCAGUGACUUCUCAGUUCAUGUUUCUACACCCAUGGUGCACUUUAGCUUUAAUGGCAGGCUGAUUGUAUACAUCACUAAGCUCUAUUGAAACCUUACUAUAUUGUGAUUGUAUACCCUAUCCUGCUGAUGUCUUCAUGAUGUGCAUGAGUCCUGUCUUACUAAUCAUUUAGGCUAGUCAUAUUUUGUAAAACUGUUUUUUCUUUUUUUUUAACUCAUUCUCCCAACUAUAUCUGCCAAGUGUUUCUUGAAUGACUUGGACUGUCAGAAGGAAAAUAAUAGACUGUGUCAGUAGGUCAAAUUUCAGUUGGACCUGUCAGUUGUCAAAUGUAAGUCAACUGUUUUUCAAAUUUGUGAAUAUACGUUGGUCUCUAUCUGUGGCUCCAUUUUGAAAGACAAUGUGUGUGUCUAUGUUACAAUGGAGAUGUCAGGAUUGUUGUAUUUUUCUGUUGAUGCAUCAUAUGGAAAUGUAAACUUGCAAUCUGAAUAAUAGUUUAGAAAGUUGUAGACCUAGGGCACAUUUGAUUGAGAGGACACAUUUAUUAAAUUAUCGAUAGAGUUUGGGGUGUAUUAUAGGUCUUGGGGAGUAUUGAGAUGUGUAAGAUGUGGAUGAUGCACCGGGUGGAGCCAGGACUGAAUUAGCCUUAGCUCCUGCAGCAGUUUCUGACACAGUCAGAAAAGUUAAUUACUGGGAAUGGCCUUGUCUGGAUAUACACAUUAACAAUUCCACAGAACACAUACAGGCAUAGCUGCCACAAUCCUGUUGCAUCUGUGCAACUGAAAAGCCGAUUUGUGGAUUUAAGGAAAACAAUGUAGCCUAUUUUUUUCCCAAGACGUUUUGCACUCUUUUAAUAAGGGUUAGGGUAAUACCAACCUUGACAUUUUAAAGUGGGGCCAUGGCUGACUCACCGCAGUACAUUGAGAAUUUGCUAUGGGGCAUUUGUCUAUACAUGGACACUGUGUUAAACCAGCAGAAUGUGGCGAUUUUAAUCACAAGGGUUAUUCUUUACAAUCAAAAGUUGCUCUUCAGAGUUCUUAUUUGAGUCAGGGCCCAUGCAAUCUAUGAAGGAGAUUAUUCAGAGGUCAUAAACACUAGUCCUCUUACUGUCUUGCUCCCUUGGCCAGUAGAGAUAAAGGUCCGAGGAUCUUGAUGUGAAUUGUGGUGUUAUCUUAAAUGGUGGGACCAAAUCCACCAUUUACAUUAAGGCAGUCCUGUGUAUAUGGCAGAGUACUGUUUUAAUAGCUCAAUAGUUUGUUUGCCAUUCAUAUUAUCCCUGAUAAUGGUGUUUUUUGUUUUGUAUUUUAAUAUUUACAUAUUAUGGACUGAUGUAAGUUACAUCAGUUUUGCAGAAGUCGGCAUAUUUGUGUUUUGCUUUAGUCACUGAUUAAUUAUUAUUAUAACGACACUGCUUAAUGUGACUUAAAAGAUGGGAUAGAUACUUUAACUAGGCCUAAUUUAUCUACCACUUCCUACAAAUUAUCUGACACCUGGAUUAAAAGGAGGCUACUCUCAAUGUGCAAUCUGAUAUCAGUUUUAUAUUUACAUCAAUAAAGGCAUGUGAUCCCAGACUUUUGACUUGUAGUCUAACCUAUGCAUGUAUGUGCAAUGUUACAUUUCCAAUAUUGGAGCGGCAUUAGAGUGCUUAAUGAAUGAAUUAAUUGCAGUAGCCUAAUUGUGCAUUUGAUGGAUUGUAAACGGCAAACAUGUAUUUCUAAUAAAUUGACUGUUAACCCAUUCAAUGUUCCUGUCUUGUGGUAAAAUAGACCUAUUCACAGCCAUGUUGCUAUGAAUCUAAUAUUUAUUUGACUUCAAAAUAAACAUUCUCUCUGCACAUCUA